AUUUUGUUCGCGGACGCUGGGGACGGUGGGAGCACAUCCAUUUCCGGGUUGGCAAAAGGGGCGGCGGCGGCGAGAAAGAGAGCUUGCUGGGGGGGCGAGUGAGACAAGACGAAACCAGAGCAGAGGUGGCGGAGGAUUCGCUCCCGGAGCAGCUGCAACCAGGUAUAUGAGUGACCUAAAGCUGCAAGUAAACACGGAGAGAGAGCAGUGCCAACAGGGAGCAGGGCAAGGAUGCCAAUUCCUCCUCCUCCUCCUCCCCCUCCUGGCCCUCCUCCCCCUCCCACUUUUAAUCAGGCAAACAUAGACCCUCCCAAGCUGAGUAGAGAUGAGCAGCGGGGAAGAGGUGCCCUCUUACAGGACAUUUGCAAAGGGACCAAACUGAAGAAGGUGACCAACAUUAAUGAUCGGAGUGCUCCUGUCCUCGAGAAGCCCAGAGGAAGCAGUGGUGGUUACGGCUCUGGAGCUGCUGCCCUGCAACCCAAGGGAGGUCUCUUCCAAGGAGGAGUGCCGAAGCUCCGCCCUGUAGGAGCCAAAGACGGUUCAGAGAACAUAGCUGGUAAGCCAGCGCUACAAGUCCCCAGUUCUAGAGCUGCUGCCCCAAGGCCUCCAGUAUCUACAGCCAGUGGACGUCCGCAAGAUGAUACAGACAGUGGCCGAGCCUCCCUCCCAGAACUGCCCCGGAUGCAGAGACCCUCUUUACCGGACCUUUCUCGGCCCAAUACCACCAGCAGUACGGGCAUGAAGCACAGCUCCUCCGCACCUCCCCCACCACCUCCAGGGCGUCGUGCCAACGCACCCCCUACACCUCUGCCUAUGCACAGCAACAAAGCCCCAGCCUACAACCGAGAGAAACCCUUGCCACCGACACCUGGACAAAGGCUCCACCCUGGCCGAGAGGGCCCUCCUGCUCCCCCUCCAGUCAAACCACCUCCUUCCCCUGUGAAUAUCAGAACAGGACCAAGUGGCCAAUCUCUGGCUCCUCCUCCGCCGCCUUACCGCCAACCUCCCGGGGUCCCCAAUGGACCUUCCAGUCCCACUAAUGAAUCAGCCCCCGAGCUGCCUCAGAGACACAAUUCUUUACAUAGGAAGACACCCGGGCCUGUCAGAGGCCUAGCACCUCCUCCACCCACCUCAGCAUCUCCCUCUUUAUUGAGUAAUAGGCCUCCUCCUCCAGCUCGAGACCCUCCUAGUAGAGGAGCAGCUCCUCCACCUCCACCCCCUAUGAUCAGAAAUGGUGCCAGGGAUGCUCCUCCACCCCCACCCCCAUACCGAAUGCAUGGGUCAGAACCCCUGAACAGAGGAAAACCCCCACCUCCACCCUCAAGGACGCCAGCUGGGCCACCCCCUCCUCCACCACCCCUGAGGAAUGGCCACAGAGAUUCUAUCACCACUGUUCGAUCUUUCUUGGAUGAUUUUGAAUCAAAGUAUUCUUUUCACCCAGUAGAAGAUUUUCCUGCUCCAGAAGAAUAUAAACAUUUUCAGAGAAUAUAUCCCAGCAAAACAAACCGAGCUGCCCGUGGAGCCCCACCUCUGCCACCCAUUCUCAGGUGAAGUCUGGCUUGGUCCUGUUCCUCAGGAAAAAGGAUGGACCUCCUUUUUUUGUCAGAUGGUCCUCUCCAUUCCCCUGAAACCUGCAUGAGAGCUCCUAACAUGUUUCUCCUGUGCAAACAAUCCUAGACUCCAAGCAUCCUUCCAGCUCACCUCCAUCUAUGCAUCUCAUCUCUGGACUUGGUGAUUGGACUCUUUGCGUCGGCAGUAGGGUCUCAAACUCUGUAUCCAUCCCUACUCUAACAAACCCUUGCUGGCCAGAAGAGGAGAAAGCCUCCAUGUCUCCUGCUGUCCUCUGGGGAAAGGUGCCUUGUUGUGGUGAAUGAACUCAUUGUUGGGCAGGGUGGAGAUUUGGUACCUUAUCUGCCCUUAUCCACUGUGGGGGGAGCUUGGCAGGUAGAUUAUAUUCCAUAAUUUAGGAGGCUGGCACGGCCAGAACUUUGGUGGGAAGGGAGGGGGCAUUUUUAGUGAAGCAGUAAAGGAGUUUGCAGAGAAUUGAUCUGUUUUAAAGGUCAGCUUUGGAGAAAGGACAAGGAAAUGGGUCUUCUUUAUUUUUAGGGGUAUUUCAGUUUUGUUCUCACUGCCCACCACCCAAUCCCAGGGGUAAGUUCGAUAUAAACACUAAAUACUAAUUAGUUGAACUAAAACUUUAAUCAAAUGAGAGGGCGAAAUAAACUGA